GCGGCGGCGGCGGCGGCGGCGGCGCGGGGCGCUCGGGCUGAUGGCGGCGGCGGCCGGCCCCGGGACGGCGCUGUCCCCGCGGCCGUGCGACAGUGACCCGGCCACCCCCGGAGCGCCGUCCCCGAAGGAUGACACUGAAGACAAUUCAAAUGAUGGGACCCAACCGUCCAAAAGGAGGCGCAUGGGCUCGGGAGAUAGCUGUAGGAGUUGUGAGACUUCCAGUCAAGACCUUGGCUUUAGCUACUACCCAGCAGAAAAUUUGAUAGAGUACAAGUGGCCGCCUGACGAAACAGGAGAAUACUAUAUGCUUCAGGAGCAAGUCAGUGAAUACUUGGGGGUGACCUCCUUUAAACGGAAAUAUCCAGAUUUAGAGCGACGAGAUUUGUCCCAUAAGGAGAAACUCUACCUGCGGGAGCUGAAUGUCAUCACGGAGACGCAGUGUACUCUAGGUUUAACAGCAUUGCGCAGUGAUGAAGUGAUUGAUUUAAUGAUAAAAGAAUAUCCAGCCAAACAUGCUGAGUACUCUGUUAUUUUACAAGAAAAAGAGCGUCAGCGAAUUACAGAUCAUUAUAAAGAGUAUUCUCAACUGCAACAACAGAACACUCAGAAAGUUGAAGCCAGCAAAGUGCCUGAGUACAUUAAGAAAGCUGCCAGAAAAGCAGCCGAAUUUAACAGCAACUUGAACCGGGAGCGUACGGAGGAGCGAAGAGCUUACUUCGACUUGCAGACGCACGUCAUCCAGGUGCCUCAAGGGAAGUACAGAGUGUUGCCGACAGAGCGAACCAAGGUCAGCUCCUACCCGGUGGCCCUCAUCCCCGGACAGUUUCAGGAAUACUACAAAAGGUACUCCCCGGAUGAGCUGCGGUAUCUGCCGCUCAACACCGCGCUCUACGAGCCCCCCCUGGACCCCGAGCUGCCGGCCCUUGACAGCGAUGGUGACUCGGACGAUGCCGAGGACAGUCGAGGCGACGAGAAACAGAAACACAAAGGGACUUCGGACAGCUCCUCUGGCAACGUGUCCGAGGGGGAAGGCCUUCCCGACGGCCAGGAGGAGCCUUUCCAGGGAAGACAGAGAUCCAAGGACAAAGCUGCUACUCCAAGAAAAGACGCUUCCAAACGUUCUGUACUGUCCAAGUCAGUCCCUGGGUACAAGCCAAAGGUCAUUCCAAAUGCUCUAUGUGGAAUUUGUCUGAAGGGUAAGGAGUCCAACAAGAAAGGGAAGGCUGAAUCCCUCAUACACUGCUCCCAGUGUGACAAUAGUGGCCAUCCUUCUUGCCUGGAUAUGACCAUGGAGCUUGUUUCUAUGAUUAAGACCUACCCAUGGCAAUGUAUGGAAUGUAAAACUUGCAUUAUAUGUGGACAACCCCACCAUGAAGAAGAAAUGAUGUUCUGUGAUGUGUGUGACAGAGGUUAUCAUACUUUUUGUGUGGGCCUUGGUGCUAUUCCAUCAGGUCGCUGGAUUUGUGACUGUUGUCAGCGAGCCCCCCCAACACCCAGGAAAGUGGGCAGAAGGGGGAAAAGCAGCAAAGAGGGAUAAAAUAGUUUUUGACCCCAAUAUUGUAAUAUGGAUUUAAAUGAAAUAUUUGGUGCCAACUUAUUUACAUUCUCAAUUUUAUGCCAAUAAAAGAUUUCUGAAACUAAC